CUUAAAAUAUACUUGUAUAAUGUAUAAUUUAGUAGGUAUUUGUUUUGAUCACAUUCACUGAUUCACAUCUGUUGUUGAAUCUUGAAUCAUUCAUUAGUAUUUUGAAUUGAAAUAAGUCACUGACGCAGUGUUUCUCAUUUUGCUUUGUGAUUCGACGAUGCUAUCGUAAUACAGCAUGCAGUGGACUAAAUUCGUGUUUGUGUUAAUAGAGUGCCUACUAAUAUCUACCUGUUUAGGUGAUUUGGACAUCGAAAGAAACGAGAAAUUUUUAAAUGGAUUCGUUGAUUAUUUGAAUAAUUUACCAAACCAGCCCUAUACAUAUGACGAUGGAGUUAUUGUUAAUGCGCAAAAAGCAAAUGAUGACAGUAAUUGUUACCGCCUUGAGGUCAAUUUAAAAGCCACCGAUGUUAGCAAUUUAGAUAAUUCAAGAUAUCUAAAGUGUUCUACAAUCAUACAAGACUUGGAUGAUAGUGGUAUAAGUGUCCUAAAUAAUGAAUAUCACUGUGAAAAUCGUGAAAAAUCAACCCAGUUAGAUAUCAUUGAGAAUGGUCAACAACCUGUGGAAAAAAUUAUAGAGAAGGAUACUUCUACUGGCCAUAAACCAGUACAUUUGGACAAUGAAGUUGAAUCAAACGUUGGGGUUACAUCUGGGGAGCAGUUCAUUGCAGUGCCAAGGAAGCAUGGUUCUUGUACAGAUUGUUCAGUUCAUAUUAACAUUCAAGCUCCUGGAGUUGAUAACCUAGCUGCUCUCGGUAUCAAACAUUUAAAUAAACAUGAACCUGAAGUUAAACAUUCACUUGAGGCUAUACUAGAUGUAGAAAGACAAGUGCAAGUUGUCAAAGGUGUACGAUAUAUCUUAACACUCCAAGUUGGAUUCAACAAAUGUACAACAACAACUACUGACUGUUUUGAAAUUAGACCAUGUAAGGUAACGGUGUUAGAAAAAACAUGGAUAAAAAUGCCUGAUGGUUCUAAAUAUAGAGCUAUUUUAGCAAAUAAUUGUACAGAAGAAUGGCUGUUUGGAGAUGACGGUGAAUAUAUACCUAAUAGUGAUAAAAAUUAUGAAAAUAAUGAUAUUAAUUCUCUUAUAAUUAACAAUGAUAAAACUGACGAUGUUCUAAAGUCCACUCCUGAUUAUGACAAAAUUGCAAACACAGGAUCUGUGGAUGAAAUUUUAAAAGCAAUACAUAGCUUUGAUGCACAGGCGCAACCACAACAGGAGAGAACUCUUACCGAAAUUGAAAUAAAAAAUGUACAGGACCAAAUAAUACCUCAUGAUAAACUUUUUGAAACUGUAACUGAAGUCACAGAAAAAAUUUCAAGUUCAGAUAAUGAAAAUCCAAGCUAUGUUUCUAGAGUCGAGACAGCUAAGAAUUACAAUGAUAAUUUAGCACAGCAAAAGGACCAUUCAUAUCAAGAAGGAACCAUUUCUUUAACUGAAGAGAAGAAAAAAACCAUUGAUGAAUUGAUAAAUUUUUUCAACUCUGCUGGUUUUGAUGGCAGUCAUUAUGAUAUUACAAGAAAAAAAAGAAGUUAUGAUCAUGAUUUAAAAGUCAUGUCUCUUGCAGAGAAAAUCCAUAAAAUUAAAAAGAAUGUCAAAAAUGCACAAUAUUUGUAUAAAUUAGCUGAAAACUUAGUUGAUUAUGUUAAUAAGAUGGUUUUUGAAGGUAAAACGAAAAUUCUUCAUUAUGAUGUUAUUGCAGCAGAGGAAGAAUAUGAAAAUUUGCAACACUUUUUCUAUAUGCAAGUCCGUGUUGUUCUACCUUGUGAUGGGACAAAUUGUGGGGGAAAAAACGAAGUUACCAAAAUAUGUAAUGGUGUAAUAGAUAUUAAUGAAGAAGGUACACCUCAGAUUUUAAGUGCGUUUUGUCAUGAUGAGAGAAAGAAGUAUGGGAUUGGCAAGAGAAUAGCAAUUCCUUUAAAUGACCCUGUACUAUUAAAACUAACAAAAGAAUCUUUAAAAAAAAUUGAAGAUGAAUCAUCAUCACCUAAUGCAAUGAAAGUUCAAGAAAUAAUAGAAGCCUAUACACAAAAAGCCUCAGGUCAGCUAACAAAAAUUACAGUAAAUCUUGCAUACACUGACUGUAACAAAACAGUUCCAUAUCAGAAGAGAAUUAAUUGUUCUGUUCUGCAAACUAUGGGUUUUAAUAUAUGUGAUAUAAAUAUACAUGAGAGACAUUGGAUAAAAGAAAAGAAAAUUAAAUACAUGUGCACACAUAGACCGAUUGACGAAAUCUACAAUGAAAAAAUACAGUCAAAGGAUUUACAUAAAUUGAAUGACCCAUAUGUUUUAAAUAUGGUGCAAGAAGCCUUGCAGUUCAUGGAGGUUAAUUCGAAUAGGAACAAUAAACAAAAAGUUAUAGAAAUAACUUCUGUGACAACACAGCUUGUUGGGGGAUUAUUAACUCAUAUUAACUUCACUGUAGGAUAUACAAAUUGUACUAACGAAUUUAGAGUUGAUUUAGAAACUUGUCAGUUAUUAGAAAAUGAACCUCCACGAAACUGUACGGCGCACAUUUGGAAUCGUCCAUGGCUAGAAGAUGGGAGACAAACAAAAGUUGAAUGUGAUGAUUUUUCAGAAAGUCACAGUACUAGAACAAAAAGAUCAACUAGAUUUGUUGGGGGAAAAACGCCCCAAGAUCCCAAGGAUCCUAAGUACCAAUUAUUAGCAGAAAAAUCAUUGGAAAGUUUUUUAAAAGCAAAUAACGUUAAUGGUGUUUAUAAAGUUACAAAUGUUGAAAAUGUUUUAGUGCAAGUUGUUGCUGGAAAAUUAACAACAAUUGACUUCAAAGUAGCUCCAGAAAGUGAUCAAAACAAUGAAAUUUCUUGCACUUCAGAAGUAUGGGAGAAAGUAUGGUUAAAUUCAACAAAUUACAAGGUGGAAUGUGAAGGAAUUGGAGGAAGCUUAAGAAAACGUCGGGAAGUUCUUGGCGCUGAUAUUAAUCUUGACCCUAACGAUCUACAAUGCCAAAUUUUGGUUAAAAAGUCUUUAAAUAAAUAUUUAAUGAGUAAUGGUAUCAAACAACAUCAUGAAAUAGUUCAAGUUCAAAAAGUAACAAAACGGGUGGUAUCAGGCACUUUAACAAAAAUUGAUUUUGUCAUUUCACCUACUGAUUGCACGUUAGAUAAUAAUUAUAAACCAACAUCUUUUAAUUGUGAUAUUUUAGACUUUUCGAAUGUUAUAAAGUGUUAUUCUGAAAUCUGGUCACGUCCAUGGUUAGGUGAAGAUGAAAUAAAUGUUGAUUGCAAACCUUCGACUUCGACAGUUGAAAGAUCUGUUACUCCUGGUGGUCAAAUUGAGAAAAAUCCAAAUGAUUUGCGCUAUAGAGAAAUGGCGCAGGCCUCUUUAAAACAAUUCUUGAAAAAUAUUGGUUCAUCACAACAUCAUAAAUUGUUGGUCGUGAAUAAAGUCACUUCACAAGUAGUUUCUGGAAUUAUUACUAGAUUAGAUUUUACUGUUACACCAACGAACUGCGAAUUAGAUAACAACAUGGAACCUACGUCUCCUAUUUGUGAAGUUUUGGAUCCCUCGAUUAUUAUCAAUUGCCACUCAGAAGUUUGGAAACAACCUUGGUCUAGGAAGGAAGAAAUCUCUGUUAAUUGUUCGAGUAAGAUUACGAAACAAGAUUCGGCUUUUAUAGAUACUGAUGGUAAAAAAGAUACGAAUAAACUUAAAUAUACUGUAGAAAAUGAUUUGAAUGGAGAUAUUGAAGACUCAGAAAUUGAAUUUGUUUCAUAUACGAGACGUAAACGAGCAUUGAUGGGCGCGGCAGUGGAACAGGAUCCAAAUAAGAAAGAAUAUGAAUUAUUAGCGGUAGAGUCGUUGCAUAAAUAUCAGCAUGGUAAAGAAAAAAAAGUAAAGCACAACGUAACAGUAACAGCAGUAACUAAAAAAAUAGUUUCAGGAACGAUUUAUCAAAUAGAUUUUACAGCUACACCCUCAUUAUGUUAUACAAAGAAAUCAAAAUGCAAUGAUCUCAUGAGGAAUGUGCUACAUUGUCAUGCUGAAAUUUGGGAUCGUCCUUGGAGAGGAAGUAAAAAAAUCGAUGUAGAUUGCACCGGUGAUUUAAGUGACGAAGAUAGCUCUGAUGAAAAAGAAAACAGCAAUCGAAAAAAACGUAACGUUCACUUUGAAGCCCCGAAGAUAAAAAAUGUUAACAGUAAAGAAUAUAAAUCCUUAGCAGAUCAGUCUCUACUUAAAUAUGAGCAAUUAGCAAAUUCUAAAUAUAUGCAUAAAAUUGUUAAAAUACAUAACGUUACCGAAAAAGUGGUAGAAGGUACACUUACAACGGUAGAAUUCUCUAUAGCACCAACAAAAUGCUUAGUUACAGAUAGUCCGAAUUCAAUAGAAGACUGUAGUUUGUUAAAACCUAAAAUUAUACUGCAUUGUAAAUCGGACAUAUGGGAUAGACCAUGGCUAAGUUCUGAAAAAGACAUUAAUGUAUCUUGUAAAAAAACGUAUACAAAAAGUGUUAAAAAAGAUUUACAUGACAGAAGACGUAAAAGACAGGUACAGUUAGAUGAAGAUGAUAUUGACGAGGAUACAAUUUUUUACUAUGCCGAUCGCGCUGUACAACAGAUUAAUAGUAAUUCGGACACAAAUAAUUUGCAAAAACUGAUUACUGUACAUUCUUAUCGUAGCGAUAUGAUUACGGGUAUCAAAAUGGUAAAAAUGUAUAUAGAAACGGCAUAUACAUACUGUUUACGACAUAGAGAUGAAGCUGAAUUGUCCGAUUGCGAAGAAUUUUCUGGACAUUAUCGUAGACUAUGUUUUGUCAAGCUGCGGCCGUCACUGGAUGACGAAUUAGUAGUGGAAAGCAUGAAUGUAGUAUGUGAAGAUGAUAAGGAUUUUAAGGAUAUUACAGGUAUUUCAAUUCCAGAAAUAAUAAAAAAGUCAAUAAAAAAAUUAGAAGAAUCGACUAAAAUUCAAAACAAAUGGGUACAUGUAGGUGAGCCGCAUGUAAUUCCUAGUUUAAAUUUAGACAAACCUACACAGGUGUCUUUUCUAGUCAAACCUUUAAAUUGUUCUAAAUAUCAAUUUAGUCAAAACUCUGAAUCGUGUACUUUGGAUAUGUCUAGACUUCUAAAGUCAUGCACUUCAUAUGUUUGGAUGACCAAAGAUAAAAAAGUUAGUAAAAUAACAUCAAAAUGUAGUCUACCACAACAGUACCGCAGUAAGCGAUCUCUAGAAUUCAAUAAUGUCACAUCUGAUCAUAUCCAAAAUUUAGCGAAGGAAUCAUUAGAAAAAUUGGAGAUGUCAUCGAUACAUAGAUAUAAAGAAAGGAUCAUACGAAUAAAUAGUGUUAAGACUAAAAUUACAACAGGAAAACUUACUAUAAUAGAUUUUGAUGUGGGCUAUACGACGUGCCUAAAACAUGAAUGGGUCGAUGAUAUUACAACAUGUGAAUUUAUGGAGCAUUUACCCACGCGACAUUGCAUUUCGCACGUUCUAGAACGACUUUGGCAGGAAAAUGGAAAGCAAAUAGAGGUUAGUUGUCAGGAUGAUGAAAAACCUUUUCAACCUCAUAUCGACUUAGAGGCCACUGAAAACGCGAUGCAACUGGCAAACGAAGCUUUAAAGCACAUUGAAGCUAAAUACCCCCAUCCAAGAAAGCAAAAAGUCGUAAGAAUAUUUUCAUUAGAUAAACAAGAAGUUGCGGGCCUUCACUAUAGACUAAAAAUGGAAGUUGGAUUCACGGACUGCCUUGCACUAAGCGUGAAAGAUGAUUGCAAACUAGUAAACGACGUAGGCCUAAAUAAAUUUUGUAGAGUAAACGUUUGGUUACGAACUUGGAUCGACCGACCGCCAAUUUAUCGUGUACGAUGCGAUUAUCAAGAUGGCACUACCGCUGACUUGUAUCAAAAUAUACAAGCCGAACACUUGUUUUCCGACUUCUUAGCAACAUACAAACCUGGCUAUAUCGAUGAUCACAACGAAAUGCUUAAAAGAUUUGACAUAUUUAAAGAUAACGUGAAGAAGAUUCACGAGUUUAACACUCACGAAAGAGGUACAGCUAGAUAUGCUGUGACGAGGUUCGCUGAUUUAACUUACGAAGAAUUCAGUCAAAAAUAUUUAGGAUUAAAACCGAGUCUUCGAAAUGCUAAUCAAAUUCCAAUGAAAAAUGCAGAUAUACCGCAAGUGCACCUGCCAGACACGUUUGAUUGGAGACAGCACGGAGCGGUCACUGAAGUUAAAAAUCAAGGUUCUUGUGGUAGCUGCUGGGCCUUUAGUGUUACUGGUAAUAUAGAAGGCCAAUGGAAGAUUAAAACAGGCGAUCUCGUGUCGCUGUCCGAACAGGAAUUAGUUGACUGUGACAAACUAGACAGCGGCUGCAAUGGCGGUCUUCCAGAUAAUGCUUACAGAGCGAUCGAACAGCUGGGCGGCUUGGAGACAGAAAACGACUAUCCAUACGAAGGAGAAAACGACAAGUGCGCGUUAAACAAGACGUUAACGAAAGUGCAUAUCACCAGCGCCGUCAACAUCACCUCCAACGAAACUGACAUGGCGAAAUGGCUAGUGAAGAACGGACCUAUUUCUAUUGGUAUAAAUGCAAACGCAAUGCAGUUUUACGUAGGCGGCGUCUCUCAUCCUUGGAAGAUUCUCUGUAACCCCACGAAUUUAGAUCAUGGUGUCCUUAUUGUGGGAUAUGGCGCCAAAGACUACCCUCUCUUCCACAAACAUUUACCCUACUGGAUAGUAAAGAAUUCUUGGGGUACUUCAUGGGGAGAGCAGGGCUACUAUCGCGUUUAUCGUGGGGAUGGAACCUGUGGUGUCAACCAAAUGGCAAGCAGUGCUAUUAUAUAGAAAAAUAAGACUAAUGUAAGUAGAAAUAUUUCUUUUGUCCUUGACAUUCGUGAAAAGUUUUCGUUUUGAUACAAAUUAAAGAUAAGAGUUAAAAGCUGUAGAAAAAAAAGGACUUUGUUAGAGGAAUUUAUAUAUAAUUAUUAGUUAAUGAAUAUAAAUAAACCAAUAUAUUUAAUAAAUCAAAGAAAAAUACGACUAAAAUGGACGAAAGAACGAUUUUUACUCACAUUUAUGUUUUAAGUUAUACAAUAGCAAUUGGGGGUUUAUAUAUAUAAACACAUAUAUUGUGCCUUUUAUAACGUUUCAAACUAUUGUAUACAUAUUAAAUAUAUUAAGGGAAUAUGAAUAAUUUUAUCUCGAAUAUUAAUUAAAUUUUUUAUUAUUUUAGCUACACUUAAUAAAAUUACUUAAAAAUCUCGAAGUUUUAGCCUUUCAGUUGUAGGUUUUAAAAACGUUAUUUUUUUUAAUUAUUAUUUUAUAUUUUUGUUGAAAUAUUUUGUAAACUCUAAUCUUAUGAUGUGGAUCUGAAAUUUUAUUAUACUUAAAAUUUUAUCUUUUAUGCCAAUUGUUAUAAUCGUUUAUGAAAAAUAGAAUGGAAGCUUUAAGUUAAAUUUUAAUAUAAAAAUAUUUAUGCAGUAGAGUUCCGCUAAAUAGCUUCUGGAUCAUCAUCAAUCUUAUCAAAUUUACGAUCAGGAACAUUAGUGAUAAAACCAAUACUUAAUAUAUUAAAGUCGUUGUUGAUCAAGUUCGUUACGUACGUAAAAAAAAAACAAAGUACAUUCAAAAUACAAUAUUUUAGUAUAAUUGAGGUACCAAAUGCUUGCUGAAUUUUAAUUAAUUUAAAUAAUAUUACGAUCAUUCUCUUUAAAUUGUGUUGAUAUGCUGAUUGAUUGCCGAUUUGUUAAGUGCUUUAUUUGCGUUUUAGAUUUGUUUAACGCAACUCUACUGUAACUACAAUAUAAUAUUUGGUACCAGUUUUGUUACUAGUCUUAAUUUUUUUUACGUUUGUGUUUUUUUUUAAUUCUAUACACUAAAGAAAUUUUUUUUUUCUUAUUUUGCUUUUAUACGUUAAUCUUGAAUAAUAUGAUCUGAAAUUAUAUAUCACUACUAAUACUUUACCUUUUAUGUGCGUUUUAAGUUGGGUAUUUUGGCUAGACAAAAUUAUUUAGAAAUAAUUAAAAGUCUUAAUAGCGUAUUUGUUGGCACGAAAAUAUAUGAAAAUUAUGUAGACAUUAAUUUUCGACAACAUAAUUCGUUGAUUGCUAAGGCCAUGUCUUUUUAAGCUGCGUUAUACACAUACGUCGUAGUGUGUACCGCAGUUGCGUACUGACAAAAUCAACGAUACCUUCUACUCUUGUUUUUUGAGGACUUUAUAAAUAACUGUCGUAAAGCUAAAAUACGACUAGAUACGACUUUAAAAUAUUUUGUCUAGCCGCGCCCUAACUUUAAGAAAAAUCCAUAUAUUAUUUUGUGCAAUAAUAAUAGAUUUAUAUCUUUACCGUAGUCUUAGUAACAUUUUUUUAUAAAUCCAUUAAAAUUAAUAAUAACAACGAUAUUGGAGAUUCUUUAUACUAAGUCGUAAAAAAAUAAUGCAAUUACUUAAUUUUGCACUUAAUGCGUCAAUUUUAUACUUGUGAUUUAUCGGCUGAAAUACUCAAAUAUGACAUGAAUAUUUGUAUAUCAUAUACGCUUGUUAUAUGUUAGCAAUUAAGUCUAUAAUUUUGUAUGCUUUAUUUUAUGUUUAUCAAUAAAGGUUUCUAAUAACUAA